AUGACAACCGAAAGAUUGCCAUCAAAUUUGUUGGGAUGGCGGUGCGAUAUUCCCCCCACAAAAAUUCCUAGCCCCGAAACAGCCAAGAAAGGCAAUGUGAUCGAUGAGCUUGACAAGCAUCGCUUCAGAGGUAGCAUGGCAAUGCAUUGCAUGGCUGCAAAGAAUGGGCUUAGAUAUCCAGCCAUGGGCUAUGGAUGUGCUGCGCAGCUUCCACAACAGUUUUGGUUGCUACAAAGGAGCUACACCUAUUGCGACCUUUGCUGCUUCAGCGCGUCGGUGAGCGCGUGGCCAGUCCAAUGA